AUUCUGAAGAAUACUUGUUUGGCAUCAACAUCAAAAUGACUAAAUUAACCCUUUUAGCAGGGCUUGGACUCUUGCUAACACUUCAGAUUGUGGCCUCUACAAAGCUGGUGUGCUACAUGACCAACUGGGCCCAAUACAGACCUGGCAAUGGAAAGUUCACCCCGGAGAAUGUUGAUCCCUUCCUCUGCACUCAUGUCAUCUAUUCUCUGGCCACCAUCAGCCCCAAAAAUGAGAUCACGACCAUAGAAUAUAAUGAUGAAAUCAUGUACAAGUCACUAAACGACUUGAAAAAUGUAAAUCCUCAAUUGAAGACGAUGCUGUCUGUUGGAGGUACAGUCGACGGCAUUAGCCCAUUUAUUCAAAUGGUGUCGACUCCAGAAACCCGCAAGACUUUUAUCCGUUCUGCAAUGUUAUUUCUGCGUGCCCACAACUUUGAUGGUUUGGACAUUGACUGGGAAUACCCUGCCCACAACGGCAGCCCACCUGAGGACAAGGAGAGGUUUACUACAUUCAUCAAGGAAUUGAGGCUAGCAAUUGAGCAGGAGGCCGGAGACGUGAAGAAAACACCAUUUGUGCUGUCAUGCAGAGUUGCCGCCUUUACGUCCACUAUUGAAAAAGCUUAUGAGGUCGCUGCAGUUUCAGGUCUGCUGGACUUCUUGAGCAUCAUGACCCAUGAAUACCACGGCCAUUGGGAUCCAGUGACAGGACACAACAGCCCCCUCUACCGGAGCUCCUUUGACAGUGAUGUUGACAUGAACAUUGACGCCUCUGUGAAAUACUGGCUGAACGGUGGCGCUCCAGCUGAUAGAGUGCUCGUUGGCUUCCCCACAUACGGACGGACAUUCACGCUCAAAACUGCAGAAACAGGUCUCGGUGCCCCAGCCAAUGGCCCUGCUGGUGCUGGACCCUACACACGUGAUGCAGGAUACUGGUCCUAUUAUGAGAUCUGCCCCAUGGAAUCAAGUGCCACAUUGGGAUGGAUUGAGGAGCAGAAGGUGCCCUAUGCAGUUCAAGGAGAUGCUUGGGUGGGCUAUGACAACCGUGAAAGCUUUGCUGCUAAGGUGCAGUGGCUUAACUCCAUGAACUUGGGUGGAGCCUCAGUGUACACCUUAGAUUUGGACGAUUUUGCUGGCCGUUUCUGUGAUCAAGGAGCUUACCCUCUUGUCAACCAUCUGCGCAACUCAUUAGGUUUCCCUCCCAAACCCACCACUACACCAGGACCUACCACAACCGCCGACCCCCUCAGCUCCUUCUGUGCUGCUAAACCAGAUGGUUUGUACCCCAACCCUGCUGAUGAGACCACUUACUUCCAUUGCUUCCGUGGAAACACGUACCUGCAGAAAUGCCAGCCUGGUCUGGUCUUUGUCGAUUCUUGUAAAUGUUGUGACUGGCCUUAAGCGGAACAUCAAAUAUUGCAAAUAUUCCACUCCUUACAUUUAAAUCCAUUACUCCUGUUCAAUAGAGCUGUCAAGAAUUUCCUUGUUGUAAAUUGAUGUCCUCUUAUUCCUUUCAUUUUCAAUAGAAAUAUUUACGUCUUCUACACAAAGCUGCUCUUCUAAAGAAUAAAACAAUGCUAAAGACAAACCUUUUUUUAUGAAUAAUCUCAUGAAAC